AUGGGGUCCAUCACGGAGCAACACUUCGCUGAUCAGCAGGCCUUGCUCGACGCUCAGCUCGAGCUCUGGCACAGCACGUUUGCCUUCAUCAAGUCCAUGGCGUUCAAGUCCGCGCUGCAGCUUGGCAUCGCCGAUGCCAUCCAUUGCCAUGGCGGCACUGCCACCCUAAUCCAGAUAGCCACCAAGGCCACGCUCCACCCGUCCAAGACACCAUAUCUGCGCAGGCUCAUGCGCGUCCUCACAGUCGCCGGCAUCUUCAGCAUCGCCAAGAACUCGUCGUCUGACGAUGGUGACCACGUCUACGGCCUCACUCCAGCCUCUCGACUUCUCGUCGGCUCGUCACAGAACCUGACUCCAACGCUGGGCCUGAUCCUCAACAACAUCUUCGUGUCCCCGUUCCUUGAUCUUGGCACUUGGUUCGAGCACGAGCUGCCGGCGACAGACCUGCCCCUCUUCGAGUUGUCGAAUGGGAAGAACGUGUGGGACAUCGUCGGCCACGACCCAUCCAUGAGCCAGCUCUGGAACGCUGGCAUGGUCGCGGACACCCGCUUCCUCAUGGACAUCGCCAUAAGGA